AUGUCAGAUAUCGACGAGAUGGAUUUCACCGAGAGUCAACAGCAAGACUCUAAUUCCUUCCGGUACUCCACAGAACCUCCGGGAACUCCGCCAUCUGUCCCCAAAUCCCCCACCAUGCCUCCUCCCCAAGAAAAUCUAGAACGCAAACAUCGCAGGUCAGUCAGUGAGCAACUCUUCACCGUGCCCAGUUUGCACAAUAUCACAGCCAGGGGCUAUAUUCGGAGCCGUCAUCGCAAGAGAAACACAGCGGAUAGGAACGGCGAUGAAGAUGGCGAGAGAGACACCGAUGUGGGUAGUCUAGGAGUUAGGUAUGGUGGGGGAAGUCUAAUCGGUUACAAUACGGGCUGGGAUUACGGAGAUCACUCGGUUCCUGGUGCGUAUUUGAGCGACUUCUCGCCUUUUGAACGAAGCGGUGAGAACUCAAACCACCACCAUUCGUCAACAGGUCGAUCCUUGGGCGGCACACACUUUAAACAAGCGUUAAAGAGAACUGUCAAGAAGGCUCUCAAUUCACCCCGGGCGGACGCUGAAUGUAUUGCGGAAAGUUCUCUGAAUGGCAGUCCGAUCAUGGUUCACGAUUCCCGACAUCACUACAAAAAGUUGUCCGGAGAGAGAAAACUUUACCAAAGACGGUCUAGUUUUUGUGAUGAUCAAUUGGGGAGGAGAACCAGAAGUGACAGUGGUUCGAAUAGUAGGAGCUCGGACUCCAUUGCCGUGGACUCCGAUGGUCAGGUGGUUGACUCCCAACGCAAACAGAGCCGCAUUCGUCACUCGCUGGCGGAUCUCUUCUCUCGAGUGAAACGCAGUAUACCCGGAUCGCCGUUAGGCGGGGUUUUUUUCAUCCAGGAUGCUAAACAAAUACGUUGGGAUUGUACUCUGGCUCUUCGAUCAGCAAAGCUGAAAGAAAAGGUUAACUGUUGUGUCCAUGUGCUUUACAUGGACAAGUUCGUUGUCAAAUCGUCGUUCUCUGGUGAAACCAGUACUCCAAGGUGGAAUGAAACGUUCACUUUCCCCAUCAACAAUCUUGAUGGGACUCUGGAGCUUCAAGUUAUCGAGAAGCAUACGGUUAGGUCUGAUAAGCUCAUAGGUCGAGCUUACAUCGCUCUGCGUCGCGACGAAAACGUCUGCUCACAUGAGGCCAUGAUCAAGUACUUCAGCAUAAGGAAGGGCAGCUCGCAGACGUUGGGCACCUUGCGUGUGGACACGAGCAUCGAACCGAGUCUACUCACGUCACUUGAUGGAUAUAGUCUUUUUGGAACUGCCGAAGACUCUGAACCCCUGGAUGAGAGUGCCAGUGCUACAACAGCCUCUUCCUCUCAUAGAAAACCAUUCUUGCGAAAAAAAUUGGCCAGAAAACUGGCUUCCCACAUCCACCACCAUCGCUUCCACCGAUCAAAAAGUAGACAACCAAAGCAGAGCUCCAUCGAGACUUUUUACGAGCCGUCUAUUCGCAAUGAUAGCACUUUCUACUUCUCACCCUACGAGGUCACACGACGCUACCUUGAAAAUGAGGCUUCCGUAUCCUCCCCCAACAUCACCUGGCGUCCCUUCUUUGACUGGCCAGGCCACCGCUGUCUCGAGCCCCCCAUGAUGGCUAUCCAGCGCCGUUAUCCAGCCCGCUUUUGGGAGUUGCGCAUCCCAAAGCUUCCCUGGCCGAUCGAGUUUCUCCUUCCCAUGACGCGCCUCGCCUUUCCCACAGCCAAUCUUGUAGAUACCCUAGACGUAGGCGACACAGUUAAGGUGACGAAGAUUGUUGAAAGUGGAGUGAUCAACCUUUAUCUGGUGGGAGCGAGAGGACUGAGGUCGAUGCCGCAGGUAGAGAUGACGCCUGGAUGUGGAAUGGACGAGAAGGGGAGCGGUGGUGGUGGAAGCGGAGUAGGCGGUGGAAGUGUCAUGGGUGGGAGUGUUGCAGUGGGCACCCCCGUAGCUGGGGGUGAGGGCCAGGGUAUGCAAGUAGGAGCGAGUGGCUCCAACGUCAUAGCAGCUUCUCCUGAGACCCGCGCGGCUUCGAUAGUGGCCCUACAUUGGGCUGCAAAAUCAUUCACCCUACCACCUUCUCCACAAGUCGAAUUCUCCUAUGGGAAUGAAAAAAAGUCCUCUAGCGUAGUGAAGAACAACAGCAAUCCCGACUUCCUUGAGGAAUUUGAAUUCCAACUUACAAAUGGCUCCCCUGGAUACAUUAGGGUAACAGUGUACGACAGGGAAACUCAACCAGGAAGUGGUGGAAUUCCACGAAGCUCAAUCCUGGGGGAGAUUGUCAUUGACUUGACCGAUAUGCCACUCGAGUUGACUCAAAAAAUGGAAUUGCAGUUGCUAAAGAAUUCCAACGAGGCCAGGAUUCUGAUGUUUGUAACGAUUACCGGACUGAGUACUGCGGCCAGGAGUCCUCUGCAGACAAGGGACCAAUCUUCCUCCGACUUGAAUUCUGCAUCACCACUUGCAACGUCGCGUUCAGUCCUGAGUCUCAGCAACUACGACCAAGGAAGUGAAACCAGAGAAAGCCCGGGUGAACGAGAAGAGAAGUCCAUAUACCCUAAUCUUCCUAUCAAUUACCUUCAGAUAGUGGCUGAACACUUUAGUGCAAAAAACUCCUUUAAAAACCUUCAGGAUAUCGGAUGGAUGCGAUUAAAAAUUUGUAGUGCCAUGGGUCUUGGUGGCAAAUCUACGAACGCUCGGAGUGAAAUCUUCUGUACUGUUGACGUAGUAAACACACAUCUCAGAACACAAAAUGUGAUAAAGCGAAAAAAUCCCACAUGGAAUCGGUGUUUUGUAAUUCCCUUGUCAGACAUUCAUGGUAUUAUGAAGUUAACGGUAAUCGAAGUCGAGAAGAGUAAAGCCGAAGUCAUUGGUGGCCUCGCAAUUCAUCCCCUCCGUGUAGACAAUGAAGGAAGCAAGUGGUACGCCCUUAAGACACCAGAUCUUCGAAGCCCAACAAAAGGCUCGAUUCUGCUUGAGAUAAAUGUUCGCUUUAAUCAGUUGUUGCAACAGCGGUUUGAACACGUAAAGCCUCUGCUGGACCUACUACGUUGGUGCGGUCGUGUCCUUGACGACUGGUGGUUGUGGAAAAACCCAAUUCACUCUAUUUUUGGCUUAAUCGGCUACCAGCUCGUUAUUUAUUACUUCCAACCAUACUUCAUACCACUCUAUAUGAUUAUGGUGCUGUUGAAGAACCGUAUAUACAAUUGUGAGGAUGUGGACACUAUUAUCCACGGCUUAAAGCAUAACAAAAACGCAGCGCAGCUGGCCUCGCCACAGGAGCACGAGAUAUACAAGCACCAAUAUGAGAUUUUGGAGCAGUACAUGAGUCAAGGCUCCUCAUAUCCCUCUCGUACUUGGGGGCGUAGUCAAGGAGACGAGGGGAAUGACUUGGACCUCUUCGAUUAUUCCGCUCUGGGCAAUGAAAGUGACCCCAAUAAGGCGUACCUUGGCGGCAUGCAGAACAACGAUGAGGUGGAAGCGCUCACCCUAUACAGUCUUGCCUUGCCAGAACUGCCGAAUGAACAAGUUCGUGAAGAUGAGGAAAAGGUGACCGUCUCAACCAAGGCUGAAGGAAAGAAAACAAUGAGAACAAGAUAUACUGGCAUUAAGGAGACGAUAACCCGCAUCUUUGAUAUAGUUGAGAAAACGGCGUCAUUUUACGAACGAGUGGAAGGGCUGUUUAACUGGAGGAUCCCCUGGGUGUCGUCGUUGGCGGUGAUCGUCUUGUUAAUUAUAACAGUUAUACUGUACUUUAUACCCGUGAAAUACCUCUUUAUGGUUUGGGGACUUAAUAAAUUUACGAAGGCAAUUCUUCGCCCGAAUGCUUUGAGAAAUAAUGAAAUUAUGGACUUCCUUUCCCGAGUUCCGAAUUUAAUUGAAGCGAUUGAAUUGACGGAAUACCGACCAGAUGCAUUCACCCUCACGCCAAAGGGGAAGACCCACAAAAGUUGA